UCGAUUGCUUGCCUGAAGGUCAAAUACACGUAAACACCGCGAUGAACUGGGUCUUGUUUAGUUUCGUGAGCGUGUUUGUGAAGCUUGCCCUUUCUUGUGACGAGUUUGACGUCAGGCCGGUUACUUACUCUUCAAGCGAAGCAGUUCUCUCCACUGAAACCGUAAUUUUGAUUGAAGGUGAAGCCAAAUGUAAAGAAAAAGGAUCAUCAAAUUUGUACGCCGAGUUAAAUGGAGUCCUUCAACCAGUUGCCCGUCAUAUUGAAACUGACAAUUUUCAAGUAUCGUUCGUCUUUAAUCACAAAGAUGUGCCUAAGGGAGAAUAUACUGUCCGGUUUUACAAUGAAAAAGGUGUAACGGCUUAUCUGAGAUCUUCGAAGGGUGGUUUUGUAUCCGGCGUACCGCCUGUCUUCACAGUCACCGUUCGACAUAAGGGAAUCUCAUUCAAGCCUGUUGUUUAUUCCGAAACAGUGGCACUAUUGACGAUUAUGUUGAUAGCAUUUGGAGCUAUAAUUACGAAAAACAAAUUCUAGAGCUAUUUUUGACACAUUAAGUAUUUAAUUAUAUAUGUACAUUGUUUUUCCUACCAAACAGCCGUUGUAUAGUAAUUAUAAACCUUCAUUCAU